AUGCCUGCGCCGGCAGUACCAGAAAUCUCCGAGGAGGUAUUGCAUGAGUCAAUUGAUGCCCGUACCGAGACUCUGGUGUCCUUGCGCGAACUGGGCCCGCCCGACCUCGUCCAUCUUCUCAAGCAGAACCUCAGAAACGCCGGAAGACAGAACGGAGUAUACCACCAUGUCACGGGCGUCGACGCCUCGUCUUCGGCCAGUCUGGCCGCCUAUAUAAACACCCUUACCUACAGAGAACAUGGGCAAACAGCCACGCAUAAGAUUGUGGAAGGCGUAUACUGCUGCUACAAUGCCUUCUCCAGACUCGACAUGCGCGUACACGUUACCAUUCCCGGAACCGUCGAGGCUUACUGUGUCGACGAGCGAGGCGAGAAGCGCAAGGCGACCGACGACCUGUGGUUGGAGACGUAUUUGUGCAGUGUGCUGCGCGCCUACUCGUAUGCCGACAACGGGAGUGGAGAUACCAUAAGAAAGAUCAUGGGCGUGAGACGGUUCAACCCCGUGACCAACACCGAGACGGAGCAUCGCUUCCUCAGCGCCGCCGAGUCUCUAUUCUUCCGAGGCUGGCAGCUGGGUUCCGACUCUGUCGUCCAAGUGCCGAACAACGUCUCCAACCAUCUGACAGCCGGCCUCCUGAAGUACUUCCACACGACCGGGCGCUUCGCCUCCGCCAUCAACCUAUUCGAGAAGCUCAGAACGCAAAACGUCGAAGUAUCGUCUUUACUCGCCAAGGUCCUCUUCAUGGGAAAUGAGGAGGUGCAAGGUGUGAGAGUACUAUACCAAGCCUUGAAAGACUCGCCGAUGGACUAUGUCAUGCUCGAUGCGCAGGCGGAAUUUCUCCUGAAGAAAGGAGUGGCAGCUGAGGCACCCGCGCAGAAGGAGGAGAGACUGAAGAUGGCUCUCGGCUGUGCAGAUCGCAGCACCGUCGCCGCCCCUAGCGAAUUCGGCACCUGGGCCAGACUAGCUCAGAUUUAUGUCGCCAUGGAGGACUGGGAGAACGCCCUCACCAUUUUGAACUCAUGCCCAAUGUUCACAUACCAAGACAAGGACGCGCCGGUCAUGCCGGAACCCAAGGACGUGUUCCUUCCCACCCUACCUGAAACCCGGCUGGACGAGAUCGACAGCGAGCCAGAGUCCAGGUACUCGGAACAGGUUGAGCCUAGUUUGUUGAACCUUCGAGCGGCAGCCUACAAGGGCACCUUCAAGUUGGCAUACAAGAUUCUUACUGAGAUGACUGCCAAGAUUGGGUGGGACCAACUGCUCAAAAUACGCAGCACCGUCUUCGUCAUGGAGGACGAGUAUCGAAGUGAGAGAACGGACACAGUUCCACAGAGCCAACCUCCGAAGCGAAAUCCUAGCACGGAUGGACUGCGGGGGUCUCCAGAACCGUCGACCAAUGGCGAUCAGGCUGACAAGGAGGAAGACGCAGAUGAAGACAAGCAAGAAAAGAAGGUAGCCGAUGCCGACUCUACCGCGCCAACCUUGACCAAUGGAGACGACGAGGGAAACACAGUAGAGAAACCGAUACACACCAUCGAUCCAGGCGAGAUCAAGGCCGAUGGUGAUACUAGCGCCACUACUGAUGAACAUCUCUCGCGGCUGAACAACAAGCGCCUGUGCGAGAGAUGGCUCGAUAGCCUCUUUAUGGUACUGUACGAGGACCUACGCGUCUACACGAUAUGGCGAACGCAGAUGGCUCAAUACCGAGCACAGUCGAUGCAGUACAAGAAGUCUGCCGAGGAGUGGGAGAUCCUGGGUGCUCUGGCUGAGCGCUUGCAACACCACGAUGAGGCAGUCGAGGCAUACAGGGCAUGUCUCGCAGCACGAUUCAGCCCCAAGGCGCUGUCGGGGAUCCUGCGCGUCUUUGAGAAGCAGAAGAACACGAGGGACACGGUAGCUGCCAUCAUCCGGCUCGUCACCUGGCAGUACCGGUGGUACUCUGAAUUCUCGCCCGAGUUGCUUCACGCAAUACGUGUGUUGAUCGAGGAAGAGGGCGCGGUCAAGGUACGGUCGAUCAUCCAGGCCACGAGCCUGCCUCAAAAUGUGCUCGACUUGACCCAUCACUAUGCUGCGUUAUGUGCGACUUUCAGAAGCAGCGGAACAGAUGGUUAG